UACGUGUAUUAAUACACGCAGUUUUACAGAGACUGUAGCGUGUGUAGUACUUUUAUUGUGAAACCUGUCGAACUGUUUAAAGUCCGGAGUCGAACUCGAACCAAAUGUCGUUGAAAAGAAGAAGUGAUUUGAGUGGAAUCUCGCGACGUUUAUUCAAAGUGUAACUUUUCAAAUAUUUACAUGUUAAAGUAGAAGUUCGUCACUGACGUCACUGAAUUUCGGCUUUAAUGAACAAACCACUGGGACUUUUGUCUUUGCUUUAUGAGACUGUGUAAACAAACCUGCACUGAAGCAAGGAAACGCACGUGCAGUUAAUGAGUGAUCGAUAACUGGGCCAUUCUACCGAAUUCGUGCAAAUUGCUGUCCCACAAUAAAAAACUAUUUAACAAAACAAUCAAUCUUCAAUAUUUACUAACAUUGUGUUAUGAUCUCGUUAAACACAAGACUGUAACUAGAUACUACUUAAGCUAAAUAUAUACAAAAUCAUCAUUUAUGCUACCUUCCUAGGUACUUUCUAUUUGGAAGUAGUUGUCCCAAUCUCUAAGCCCUAAAUUUCAAUCCAUGAAAAUAAUACUUAAAAGAAUUUUGUAAUUUUUUCCAAUGGUGUAUUUUAAAAUAUAUGUUUGUUUUAUUUUAAACAGAAUGUAAAAUAUUUAGAUUCAUUUAGAAUUUUUUUUUUUUUAUUACAAAACAUGCUUUAAAAAAUGCUGUCCCACACUUUCAUGUCACAACCGUAACACAAGUUGUUUUACCACAUGGGUGGAGCCUGGUUUUAGUCACACCCCAGAAUUUCUGACCAAGAAGUGACACUGCAUCCCUUACCCUCAUGGCUGCAUGGUGAAUGCUGCGCUCUGAUUGGUUCACACAAACGAAGCCGACAUGUCGUCACUUCAGGUCGAGUGUGUGGUGAAAGCGGGCGCUCUGAUUGGUGAAGGACCGGUGUGGGAGGAGUCAGAGCAGACUCUGCUGUUUGUUGACAUCGCCAGGCAGAAAAUCCAUCGCUGGAAUUCAGUGACCAAUGAGAUGAAGUCUGUGGAGACAGAGGACACAGUGGGCGUGGCGGUCCCUCGCCGCUCAGGCGGUCUUGUGGCAGGCGUAGGACGCAGCGUCGUGGCUGUUGAUUGGUCGACUCAGACGAUGACAUCACUGGUCCAGGUCGACGAGGACAAACCAAACAACCGACUGAACGACGGGAAGGUGGAUCCACACGGACGCCUGCUGGUGGGUUUUAUGGGGAAGGAGACGAGACCCGCUGAGGUGACGAGACACCAGGGGGCGCUGUUCUCUGUCAACUCUGAUUUCACUGUGACCAAACGCCUGAGACAGGUGGACAUAUCUAAUGGAAUGGACUGGUCUCUGGAUCAUAGGACAUUUUUUUACAUCGACUCUUUGUCUUUAAGCGUCGACGCCUUCGAUUACGAUGUUGAUACUGGAAACAUCGGAAACCGUCGCACAGUGUAUCAUAUGGAGGAGGGGGAGGGGCUUCCUGAUGGGAUGACGGUUGAUGCUGAAGGUCGUUUGUGGGUCACGUGUUACAACGGAGGACGAGUCGUUAACAUCGACCCUGUGACUGGUGUGCGUCUGCAGACCGUCUUUCUCCCGGUGAUGAAAACCACUUCCUGUUGUUUUGGUGGUCCAGAUUACUCUGACCUCUAUGUGACCUCAGCUUGUCUUGGCCUCAACCAAUCAGAGAGCAGACAGCAGCCACUGGCUGGACACACUUUCAGGGUGCGAGGACUUGGGGUCAAAGGUCGACCUUCCACUUCCUUCUCAGGGUGAUAAACAGGAAAUGGAAUACAGUCUGAUCAAUAAGUGACUGUACUAAUAAAGUUAAUCAUUUUAAAUUAAAGAACAAAACAACAACAGCCAAUGAGAAUGGAUUAGAGUGAGACACCAGUGAGACACCAUCACGAGGACGGGCUGUGUUUAAUGUCCACAUCACUUUCACCACAACAAACA